AUGACGCACUCUGUAGCAAGUGUGGCAUUGGUCGCUUCAGCUGUCGCGUUUCUUGGUGCAAAUGCUCUUGUUCGAACUGACACGGCUUCUAAUCCAAACAAUCCUCACCGACGUUUGCUCACUCGCGCCGUCACAGCCGACCCGACUCAACUUAGUGGCAAAAGCUUCGAUUUUGUGAUCGUAGGAGGUGGAACGGCCGGGCUUGCUAUUGCAGCGCGGCUAUCAGAAUACUCGAACAUGACUGUAGCCGUGAUAGAAGCAGGAGGGGACGGUUCCUCACACGCAGAUAAUAUCAACAUUCCUGGUUAUUCGUACAUUCACGGCCUCACAGGUACUGACGCAGACUGGAGCUACGACAUCACUGCUCAGCCUAGUGCGGGCAACCGCGUGACGAAAUGGCCACGAGGUAAAGUUCUUGGGGGAAGUGGGAGUAUCAACGGAAUGUUUUGGGGUAUUGGUGCCCAGCGGGAAUGGGAUGCUUGGGCAACCCUGUUCCCGACAUCUUCUUCCUCCUAUAACUCAUCAACCCUUGAGAAUGGUACUCCAGCAUCAUUCAACUGGUCAUGGUCAAUGAUCCAGAAAUAUCACAAAAAGUCCGAAAACUUCACUGCACCCCCAGCAGAGCAACAAACUCAAUUCGGUAUGACCAUCGAUGCAGACUCGCACGGUUAUGGUGGUGCUAUUCAGACCACGAUGAGCCAGUACAUUUACGAUGGAAUUGCAAACUGGGUCCCGACCCUCGUUGCUUUAGGAAUGAGCAAGGGCGAUCUUGCAUCUGGCGAUACGCACGUUGUGUCUAUCACUCCAAGCACUCUUAACGCCCAUAACUUUACAAGGAGUAAUAGUAUGGCUGGAUAUAUUGAUCCUGUAGGGCCUAGAAGCAAUCUUGUUAUCUUGACGGGUAUGCAAGCUACUGGGUUAGUUUGGGGUGAUAAGGGAAGCUCAGGAGCUAUCGCAACUGGCGUGAAAUUUGCGGCUAGCAAUGGCGCGCAGUCCUAUACAGUCAAGGCUAAGAAAGAAGUGAUUCUUUGUGGUGGAACUAUAGGCUCAGCUCAAUUACUACAGUUAUCGGGUGUAGGCCCUAAGGCUCUUAUGACCUCGCUCAUAUCGACUCAGUGGUGGAUCUACCUGGCGUCGGGCAGAACCUCCAGGAUCAUGGUGCGUGCACUUCUGAGAGAUUUUUUCUUUCGCGCGACCCACAAAACUGAAAUAGGAUCAACAACCGUGGCCUGGGCGGUCGACGGAGCGACGUGGUGGGAUCUGUUGUCGAAUGACACGUUACAGGCUCAACAGCUAACACAAUGGAGGGACGAUGCCACUGGAUUAUGGACGUAUAUCAACGAAGCAGUCGCAUAUCCCAGCAUCCAGGAUAUCAUGGGUACCAACGCGGGUACCUGGCUCAACACCGUUUCUUCAGGCCUUUCCUCUGCGCUUUCUUCGCUUUCAACAUCCCAAUCCCUUGAUACUACCGUCCUGAAGGGUAUAACACAGCAGUUCAACAUCCAACUUGAUAUGCUGAAAAAUUCAGUUGGCCAAUUGGAGAUUAUUAUGACCAUGCUUGCUGGGGCAGGAAUGCUGGCAUUCAAGUUGCCCAGCAGCACGCAUGGAGUCGUGGUGCCAUCACAAUUACCAGCUCCAAUGCAUUUGACUACCCUAGCAUCAAUCCGUUGGGAUGUGGAUAUCAUCAACGCCGGCAUCAAGUACGUCAGGACCAUUGGCGCCACCGCACCGAUGAGCUCCUACUUCAAGGCUGAAACCUCGACUACAAGUGCCUCAACUACUGACGACGCCAUCAACACGUACAUCGCCAAUAGCGUCGCGACCGAGUAUCACCCAAUUGGUACUUGCUCGAUGCUUCCUCUCGAUAUGGGAGGCGUGGUUGAUACCACUCUUCGCGUAUACGGCACAUCCAACGUCCGUGUCAUCGAUGCCAGCGUGAUGCCUAUUCACGUUACGGCUCACACUAUGGCUCCUGCGUACGCCAUUGCCGAAUAUGGAGCAGAUAUCAUCAAGAUGGCGUAUUGGCCUGUUCCCGUCUCCACCACUACGACAAGUGCCAGAGGUGGUGCUACAAACGGUAGUGGUAGUGGUAAUGGAAGCAGCGGAGGCAAUAAUGGAAAUGGAUCAAACGACGAGGGUGGAUUGACCUCGAGCCAGAGGACGAUUGUAAUUGCAGCUACUGUUGCAGUUGGAGGUGCUGCUCUGCUUUUGGGGCUUCUCUUUUGUAUACGCAAACGCUCUCAUCAAAAGCCCCAAGGUCCGGAAGACCCAUGGCGGUCUUCAUAUGGCGGGGCCCAUAGUCUUCCUAUGCAAAACCUUUCCAAUGCAGAACUCGCUGCUCCACCUGCACCGUUCAAGGCCGGGGGCAAUAAGUACGACUACCGUAUGUCGGCUAUGUCAUCUUCGACUAUGGACACCGCGCAACUUCAAGCCGCUACUCCGUUGGCCGAACACCAGCCAUUAGCAUACGACCAUGCAGUUCCUCCCUCACCAGGAUUCGCUUACAACACCCCCGGUGCUAGUGCUCCUGGAACGCCCCAUAUGGGGCCAGCUCCCGGCUUGAUGGCCCAUGACUAUGCGCCUGUGAAUGGGCGGGCAUCACCUGGCCCAAGGAUCUAA